AUGAUAGAUAAAGGCCAGGCGGAGUCGCCUACGGCCGUCGACUACCCCGAUGAUCAGGAUGACAUAGCGAUCCCCUGCAAGGGGUGUGGCGAGAUCCUCGAAGAGGGAAAAGCCUUUGAGCUAGCUGGUAACCGAUGGCACAUCGACUGCUUCCGCUGCCAUACCUGCGGGACCUAUCUCGAUUCCGACGCGAAUCUCCUCCUCCUCGGCGACGGAUCCCUCAUCUGCAGCAACUGCACCUACAGCUGCAGCUCCUGUGGCAGUAAAAUCGAAGACCUUGCCAUUCUGACUGGGGAGCAGGCUUUCUGUGCAAACUGCUUCAAGUGCCGCAAUUGCAAGCGCAAAAUCGAGAACCUGCGUUAUGCGCGUACAUCACAAGGCAUUUUCUGUAUGGAUUGUCACGAAUCGCUGAUGGCGCGACGCCGAAAGCGCUCUGCAAGGAACGCCGCCCAGCGCCAUAAGGUUCCCAACCCUUCAAUGCAUCUCGACAAAUCUCUACCCUCCCUUCCACCAGAGCACGAUACUUCUACGCCAACCACGGAUCCAUAUUCUGAUGCCUCCAUUGAAGCGCCGUUACGACAACGGAUCGAGGAGGAUCGUGGUAUUUCGAAGCAGGAUGGCAUGCCCUGGUCCCGUCCCCAAGGUGCGAGAAAUACUGCUAGACCUGCUCAGGCAAAUACUGAUGUGACGCCUGCUCUAGAUACUCUUAUCUUGCCUGCUAGCACUUACAAUGGCAAACGCCACUCGGUACUCUCGCAAAAGUCGGAUGGCUCUGCUGGAGAAGAGUUCCUCAUUCCAGUGGCCUUUGAUCCUACGCCCUCUGAACAUGCUUCGCCCGCAAUCAACUCCGCCGACAUCAUGAAAUCCGUGGAGGACAGAGCUGGUGAUUAUUUUAGCACCACGUCGUCCGAUUCGUCGGUCAAGUCUCCAUACGACUCGCAAGCUCCUGUGGCGCGACCAGCCCGUUCCCAAUCGUCGACUGAUCGCCAGCUUCAGCCAACUGUACAUCUGGAAGGCCGCCCGACUGAGAACGGGGCUAGGCCGCAACGCCAGGAAGAUGAUAGAACCCCAGCUAGACCUCCCAUCUCUGACCCUCGUCAGCGACCGAAGCACGCGCAGCAAAGUAGUGACUCACAAAGCGAAGCUGAAAAGUUCCAGCUCAGUGAAGCUCCAAAGCCAAAGAAAUCUAGUGAAUCAAGCGUUUCUCAUACCAACAUUGAAGCUCGCGAACAACAAAAAUACAAUAACCAACAGACCACAAAAGAACCUGAAUCUGCGCAGCCGAAACGUAGAGAAAGAAAAUCCAGCGACCUUUUAAAUUCGAAAAAUCCCACUUCUCCAGCACAGUUGCAAUAUCUGCCGAAAAGAGGCGACUCUCUUGAAAGCAAGCUCCAUACUAUCCCUCGGAAGGAAGUCGAGAGUGCCAAAAACAAUCAGAGUCAGACACAAUCGAAGCCAGAGACGACUCAAACUACAGGGGCUCUCAGCGCAAAAACCGCUCCGAAGAGCAGCGGAAAAUCAGACUAUCGGCAAUCCCUGGAAGACGCCACACCACUUCCCUCACCUCGCCCUCACACUACUAGCAUCGCUGCUAUGAAUAACCAGACUCCUCGCUCUAUGGAUAGCCCUGCCAGCCAUAAGCGAAAUACUUCUUCAAAUGCUUCACACUCAGAAUCAAAACGUAUGGAUUCUUCUCCGUCCCUUCCUCGCUAUACUUCUGGCGGCGAGCUUUCUUUUGAAGAAGAUAUGACUCGAAUCAUCGAUGAAAGUCAAAACCAAGAAUCAUUCCUUCGUCGCGUGUCAAAUUCGGUUCGGCACGGAAGAAGCUUUAGUGACAAGGGCUCGCGCCUCUCAAAAGAACUCAAGUGGCCUAAAUCUCCGUCGAGUGGUAGUACAUAUGCCCAUGAUAUCAGUAGCCCAAGCACUAGUCUAGCGGAUGUUCGGGAUGAUCUUAGCUGGUUGAAGAAUGAGCUUCGAAGAGAACGACAGAAAUUGAUCGAAAAAGACCAGAAGAUUGCAGAGCUGGAGAACGCUCUCAAUGCUACGGUCAGCAUUAAACAAGUCAAUACGGAGCUACGGGAAAAAAGAUCUACGAUGGUGGUUUUAGAUGCGCAGAAAGAGAUUGUUCUACGAGAGCUUGAGGUUUUGAAAGAGCACAUUGCAACUGAAAAACAAAGCAAUGCACCAUUAGAUUUGGGGAAAAUGAGCAAUGCAGUGCUUCGGGAUUUUGCCGAAGCUCUCCAGCGCUUAAAAGAAUCCUUCGCGCCCCAAAUCGAAGAAUUGAUCCAAAAGAGAAAUGAUCUGGUUGAUGAACUGGGAAAUCUUGGACGCAUGAAGGACAAGAGCUUCAAAGAAUUUGAACAACUUUCACUAAAGAACGCCCAACUAGCCGAGUUGAACAAUCAGCUUGUACACCAAAUCCAGGAACUCUACAAGGCUAAUUCCAAUUCCGCUGAUCGUCAAACAACCAACGGUCUAGGCAUUUACCACCAGAAGGAUAAGUCCACUCCGUCGGUCGAACGAGAUCCGCGCAUCGGCAGCGAGCCUUCUCCAGGACUUCUUCAGCCAGAAGAAGCCGAACCUGCGACUGUGAUCCAAGGCCCCCAGGUUGUCAACAUACGCAAAGGCCAGCCAAAGAAAUUCAAUUGGAAAAGGGGCGGCCAGAACGUUGCAAAAGGGGUUACUAAAGGCCUAAAGGGUGCAUUCCUCUAUGGGGAAGGCAGAACACAACGCGACGGCCAGUUCACAGAGACCGCGUCAUACGGAAGCAUGACUUCAACCGGCGGCGACAGCAACAUCUCGGGCCCUCAACGUCUCCAGCCACAACAAGAUAUGUCUCGUCAGGGAUUUGGAUUCUUUGGGAAUCAGAAGAAACAACAACCUGCCAACUGGAAGUCCCAGGCCAAUGGCAGCUCAUCCGCGCUACUUGAUGCCUCAAUUGGUUUGUUUGGCGCAGACCUGGAGCAGAGACUUGAAGUGGAAAAGGGGGUUAUUCCUAGCAUUGUUACUCGGUGCAUAGAAGAAGUCGAAUUACGCGGAAUGGAUGUGGAAGGAAUCUAUCGCAAAUCCGGAGGCAGUUCGCAAGUCCAGAUGGUCCGCGAAGGAUUCGAACGAAGCCGGGACUUUGACAUUUCCGACCCUGAUCUCGACAUUCAUGCCGUCACAUCUGCACUGAAACAGUACUUCCGAAACCUCCCCACACCCCUCAUCACCUUCGAUGUUUACGACUUGCUUCUUGAUGCCAGCAACGUCACACCAGUCGCCUCACGUAUCGAUGUCAUGCAGCGCGGACUUCACGAACUUCCCCGCGUCCACCGGGACGUGCUAGAAUUCCUUGUCUUCCACCUCAAACGCGUUGUGGAUCGAGAACGAGAAAAUCUAAUGACUAGUCUCAAUAUUGCUGUCGUCUUCGCCCCGACAAUCAUGCGCCCUGAGAGCCUGAGUCGCGAGAUGACCGAUGUUCAGAAGAAAAAUGAAACUCUCCAGUUUUUAGUCGAUAAUUGCCAGGAAAUAUUUAUGGGCAUGCCAGAGUAG